CGGGGCUUAUACGAGCGUCUAUCAUCAAUUACCUACACGUUUCGAUUCAACGAGGUUCUUGACCCCUCAAAGCUACAUAGCUCCCUGGUCAAACUGUUUACGAUAGGAGAUUGGAGGAAGCUAGGUGGCCGGCUUCGUCGAACUGACAACGGAGAUAUCGUGAUUCAUGUCCCAAAAGUUUAUGACGCCGAGCACCCCGCGGUACGGUAUUCCCAUGUCGAGUUCGAUAUUCGGAUAGAAGUGUACCUGUUAGGAUGCCGCCUACCGAAGGAAACCGAACCAUAUCCCUCCGUCCACGAAGGGUGCCACACAUUUCGCUCCUUCAGUCGACGUCAGGACUUGCCUGGCGAUAUUGAGCAUCAUUACACUUCCGAUGAGCCACUCGUAUCUCUCCGUGUGACAUCCUUCACAGAUACGACACCUGUACCCAUUACAUUCCCACACUCUGUAUGCGACGCCAUGGGAACAGCUGAGUUACUGAGAGCCUGGUCAAGCGUGCUUGCCAGUCGGAUUGAGAGUGUGCCGGCCGUACUCGGGGCAAGUCGAGAUGUGAUUGAAACUAUGGGCACUUUGUCGGAUGAGAAGGCCGAAAAGCCAUAUCUCUUGGAACACAGGCAAAUUAAAUGCUUCUCUCUGCUGGCUUUUAUUGUCCGGUUCGUAUGGGAUCUGUUGACUAGACGAAAUGUACAAACUCGCACAAUAUUUCUUCCGGCUAGCUUUUUGCGCAAGCUACGGCAAGAGGCACAAGAGCAGCUGGCGAUCGAACCCACGGGUCGGACCCAAUCCUUUCCUCAGUGA